AGUGAUCUAAGUCGUUUUGACAAGUUAUUUGGCAACGAAGCUGAUCUUCAAACCCUCGUUGAUGUUACCCAGGAACUUUUUCCUCUAGAGUUGUUGGGCAAGCUUAUGUGCAGUUUUCUCGAGGCGUUGUGCUUAUCCCAAUCUGUAUUUGCUCGCUUCUCUGGACAGACACCUGGCAAAUAUGUGAUGGGAGUCCGUGUGAUCGACUGUGUGAAUGUGGCACACGUUCCUGGAGCUCCUCCAAAUGUUGUUCGAAUUACUGGAUCUGUAUCGAUUCCUUUCAGAGCAAACUUGUCUCGAAAAAUCAGUCAUUCAAAUGAUUUAUCUUACAGGGCAGUUAUGCGCUCGCUUCUGAAGAACAUACUCAUCAACUCGUUGGUUCCAUUCAGCACAGUUGCAUUUGCGUUCAACUUCAAUCGGGCUAUUUACGACAUAGUGGCGAAGACUAUUGUUAUCUUGGAUUAG